UUGUAUCACGAAAAUGCAUUGGUGCAACAAGUCUGAUAGUGUCAUGUUCAGCCAAUAGACGUCUCCAUUACAUUUGCUGCGCCGUCAUCAAAUAUGGCGACGUAUUAUGAUGUUGAUACAGUGCAAUAUCAAUGUUGCUGUGGCAAAAGAAGACCAUUAUGUCGACUAUAUAUCUGUCGACACUGUCUGAAGCUGAGAUGCACGGACUGUGUACUGCACGAGGUUGACAGCUACUACUGCCCAAACUGUUUGGAGAACAUGCCGUCUGCGGAAGCAACGAUGAAGAACAACAGGUGCUCUAAUUGCUUUGACUGUCCAAGUUGUGGGCACACGUUGUCAACAAGGGCCACUACAGUGGCUGUAGUCAACCCAGAGGAUGCAACCAAGUCUACUACCAAGAAAAUGUAUUACUUGGCUUGUGGAUUUUGCCGCCUGACAACAAGGGAUGUAGGUGUGGCUGAUCAAACUGUGGCCAGUGGAGGCUGGAAAGAUCUGGAGAACCCCCAUACUGGCAGGAUUAGUUCGCUUUUGGAUAUUUACCGUCAGCUGGCCCAGAAAGAGAAGGCUGAGAAGGAGAGGAAGAAGUACACUAAGCGUAGGACUCAUCUCUACUAUACCGACAAGUUUGGCUUGGCACCUGUUGCUGCUAAAAUGAAGGCCCUGCCUUCUAUGUCAUCACUUAGCAUCAAGGAAGAUGAGUUGAUAGCUGAUAUUAAGCCAGGUGAAACUGUGAACGAGUUCCCUUCCCUGCCUGAUGAGCUCUUCUCCGAUCCUAUUCAAGUGGCCAAAGUGACCUCGAUGAGCCAGCGUCUGGGAACACCUGAGUUUCAGCCUGACCAGACCAGUAAAUUGUACCCAAUCCACAAACAACUGUUAAUCAGGAGGUCCCUCAGAUGUAAACAGUGUGAACAUAACCUCAGCAAACCAGACUUCAACCCUGUCUCCAUCAAGUUCAAGAUUCAGCUUGUGGCAUUACACCAUGUCCCGGAGAUACGCAUUUUGAAAAUUCCCAGCUUUGAGCUGAACAAAGAAACUCAGCUGGUUCUGACCCUGUGCAACCCUCUAGUCUACAAUACUACCAUCAAUCUGCUAGCCGUUGAUGGGGAGGAUGACUUCUCUACAGCAAAGGUGAAAUUACCAGAAUCUCCAAUAGUCUUGGCAAGAAGAGAUGAUGCUGCUGUCUAUGAUGACACCAACAAUGGCCAGCCAGAGUUCAAGGAUGACCCAAGUGUAAUAGUCUUCAGACUGUCCAAUAAGAUAGGCUUUAAUUUGUCAGUCACACCGGAAAAGGCGGACGAAGAGAUAAAGGUGAGCUUCAUUCUGCGUCAUGAGUACAAGAACACAGCGGCUGCUCUCCCGAAUGAGGACAAAGAGCCCGAGAUAGUACCUCUGGAUCACAGAAUCUUCCUGCACCUGGGCAAACUACCACAGAAAUGAACUGUAAUAGAGCAUUUCAAACUGAAAGUAUCAGCGUGAUCCCUUAUGGAUUGUCACUUAACAUUAUGAUCAGCUCCGAUUAGAUCACUGUGUUCUUCAGUAGAAGCAGUGUUUGUGCUUAUGCUGAUCAAGAAUCAGUUAUUCAAUAAGGUAUGAAGGGAUAAAUCGAGCUUUAACUUUAUUCUGUUCUAAAUUCUCAUGUUUUGUAUUAAAAUGAGACUUGUACAUGUAUGGAGACUUAUUUAUUAAUUUAUUUGAUAGGAGUUUUAUGCUGUACCCAGGAAUACGCAAGGACAUUCAAACCUGACUUAUCUUUUAAUAUGAUCUUGAACAAGCACCAAAAACUUGUGUGUAAUGCAACAUAUGUCAAACCUUUUUUUGAUUCGGGUAAGUCUGGUGCUACAUGUAAAUUACAGUGGUAACGAAAAUGUGCUGUCCAUGUUUAUUGAAGGGUUUAACACCUUCAUCUUGGUGGUUGUUGUGUAACCCCAUGCUGCUGAAAUUUGUGUUGUACGGAGUCAAAUCCGGAGAAUGCGCAGCUCAAGGAUUUCACUUGGUACGAAACAAGGGUCAGUCAUAUCGGGCUACACCACAAACACCAAGACGAAGGUGUUAAAUAUUCUAUAAAAGAAAAAAGAAGAAAAUGGGACAAAGCAACAUAUUUCUUGCUGCCAUUCUCUUUCACUCCCGCCGCAGAGGCCAUGCCUUUUAGACCAAUUAACAGCCAGUGUAGGACAUUGCAGCUAACCUCCAUAUUUCAAAGCUGCUUAUGUAUGACGCCUCUUGUAGUUGCGUGAUAGGAGAAUGUAAAAGCUUAUUGUACAUGUAUGACAAGGUUGUAAUGCUGAGCUGUUACAAAUUGCUUUUUUUCCAUGUCAUGCUGUCCGGGUGUAAAAUGUCAACAAUGUAAGAACAAAAGCCAUAUCUAUAUACUUUGCAAAUAAGACUUUUAUCCCUGAAGGAAAUUCCAAUAGUUCACCUUUAUAUAAAUCAUAAAAGCAAUUCUAACAAGUAAGGAAACUCAAAUUCUUUUAUUUGUAGAAAUAAACAACUUGAAAUGUUAUUAUUUGCAGAGGUAAACAUACUGGUCGGUGUGUUGCAUGACACACUCAAUGUUGCUGGCCGCAACUAUCAGCGGAGUGGAAUCUGUGUCAAAAAAUUUUGUGUGAACAGUUAUGGUUUCUUUGAAAUCAGAGUGCCCUGGUGCAUGGCAGUGAAACAUAAGGGUUCAUGGGAUUUGGAUUGUUUGCGGUAUGAAUUAUGUACAGUACUUAUGUCAGUGGUAUUAGGGCUAAGCAUGAUCUAGCUAUCUGGAAUACGCUUUUGUUUGAUAAUAAUUUUGUCUGUGAUGCCAACCUUGGUAUCAUAGUUAUAUGUAUUCUUCUCUACAAGUAGUUAUAUAUCCAUUUGUACUUUAAACAAAACCUCCAUGCUCUUCUUCAGCAACUCAUGUUAGCUCUUCUUCUCGGUUAAAUUUAAAGGUUUGCAGGCCUUUCACUAUAUUUGUUUGCUGAUUAAUGCAAUAUAAAUAAAGCUCAUUAAUGUUUAUUAUUAUUA